UAUCAAAUAUGUAUCACUAUAAAAAAAAAUUAUUUAACUAGUAGACUUUUUCAUCAUGAUUAAAAUGUAAGCGGUUUGAGUAUACCGAAACAGAGCGAGCAUUUAUCCAUUUCAAAAAAAAUAUAUAUAUAUAUAUGGCAAUCUCUUUGUUCUGUCUUCUUCUCAUCGCCUUUGCGUCGUUAAUCCUUCUUGGUAAGAAGAUCAAACGCUCUAAAUGGAAUCUUCCUCCAAGCCCUCCAAAGUUUCCAGUCAUCGGAAACUUACAUCAACUUGGAGAAUUGCCUCACAGGUCACUUCAACGUCUAGCCGAAAGAACCGGACAUGUUAUGCUUCUUCACUUAGGGUUUGUCCCUGUAACUGUUAUCUCAUCGAAAGAAGCAGCUGAAGAAGUGCUUAGAACUCAUGACCUAGACUGUUGCAGCAGGCCUAAGCUUGUUGGGACGAGGCUAAUUUCUCGGGGUUUUAAAGAUGUCGGUUUUACCCCAUACGGUGAAGAGUGGAAGGAGCGGCGCAAGUUCUUGGUGCGUGAGUUUUUCUGUUUGAAGAAGGUUCAGUCUUUCGGGUAUAUCAGAGAGGAAGAAUGUAACUUUCUUGUCAAGAAACUGUCGGAAUCAGCAGUGGAUCGAACUCCAGUCGAUAUGAGCAAAACCCUUUUCUGGCUAACCGCCAGUAUCCUGUUUAGAGUUGCUUCUGGACAGAGUUUCCACGAGAGUAAGUUUAUCGAUAAAGACAAGGUCGAUGAGCUUGUGUUUGAAGCCGAGACAGCUCAGGCUAGUUUCACUUGCUCUGAUUUCUUCCCCAUUGCCGGACUUGGAUGGAUCGUUGACUGUAUUUCCGGGCAACACAAGAGGCUCAAAGAUGUUUUCUUCAAGCUGGAUGCUCUGUUUCAAGGUGUGAUCGAUGAUCAUUUACAUCCGGGCAGAAGAUCUGAAGAUCACAGAGAUAUUGUCGAUAUAAUGUUGGAUGUGAUGCAUAAACAAGGCAAAGAUAUUUCCUUGAAGCUCACAAUCAAUAACAUCAAGGGAAUUCUAACGAAUCUAUUUCUCGGAGGGAUAGACACAGGAGCUCUUACCAUGAUAUGGGCAAUGACGGAGCUCACUAGAAACCCGGAAGUGAUGAAGAAAGUUCAAGGCGAGAUUCGAGACCGCCUUGGCAGAAAUAAGGAGAGAAUCACCGAAGAAGAUAUCAAUAAAGUUCCUUACUUGAACCUAGUGAUCAAGGAAACAUUCAGAUUACACCAUCCAGUUCCUCUUCUUCUCCCAAGGGAAACAAUGGCUCACAUCAAGGUUCAAGGCUAUAAUAUUCCUCCGAAGACACGGAUCUUGGUCAACGCUUGGGCGAUAGGAAGAGAUCCUAAAGUUUGGACAAACCCGGAAGAGUUUAACCCCGAGAGGUUUAUCAAUAGCCCUUUGGAUUACAGUGGACAACAUUUUGAGCUAUUACCGUUCGGCUCUGGUCGAAGGGUAUGUCCCGGGAUGGCGAUGGGGAUGGCUACUGUGGAAUUGGGACUCUUGAACUUACUUUACUUCUUCGAUUGGAAGUUGCCUGAUGGGAUGACACAUAAAGAUAUCGAUACUGAAGAAGCUGGUACUCUUACAAUCGUCAAGAAAGUUCCUCUAAAGCUUGUUCCAGUUCGAGUUCAGUGAUCAGACCAACUCCAAACUUUGAAGAUGUUUGAAUAAAAAUAUUAUGCAAAUCCUGUAAGCUUAUCUGAUAACUAAAUAAUGUAUGACGAAUAAUUUUCUGUAAGACUUUUUGUUAAAAUUUUGAUGCGAUUUGUUGGCUUGGACAGCCUCGGCCUAACAA